GAGUAACCUCAGAGGAAGCACGUUGGUGAAGGACUUGUGACCGAGCCGGCCGGCGGAGAGAGAGCUGAGGGAAUAACUCUCAAAAAGUCAGCUGAAGACAUAUCAAGAAAAGAAACCAUGCCUGCAGAUCUCGCAAAAGGCAAAAAGGCGUUUGUCCAGAAGUGUGCCCAGUGUCAUACUGUGGAGAAUGGUGGAAAGCACAAGGUUGGGCCUAACCUUUGGGGACUGUUUGGACGUAAAACAGGCCAGGCAGAGGGCUUCUCCUACACUGAUGCCAACAAAAGCAAAGGCAUCAUCUGGAAUGACGAAACCCUGAUGAUUUAUCUGGAGAACCCCAAGAAAUACAUUCCAGGAACAAAGAUGAUCUUCGCAGGCAUCAAAAAGAAGAACGAACGAGCUGACCUUGUAGCAUAUCUGAAGUCUGCAACUUCAUAGAAAACUCUGCGUCUUUUUGCCACCUUUGUGUCCUUACAAACUGAAAAAAAGAGGCCAGGAAUCAUCGUUCCUUCAAGAUCAGGCAAAACGGCACGAGAUCUCUGACUGAUACAGGCGUGAUAAGCUGCCAUCUUUUAUCACGGCUGUACCUCUGUUUGUGAUGUGGCCCUCCUUAAUGAUGGAAUGAAUGAUAUCCCCUGGUUUUAACAGGUUGUUUUUCUUACAUAAAUUAUUAAACCAUAUACUGUGUAUUCAGAAUGUAGGGACUGAAAGCUGUGUAUUUUGUUUGCUUAUUAGUUGUCAUCCUGAUUUUUUUUUUCCCUCAUAACUGUCUUGGUUAGUAAUCAAGUUGUCUUAAUUGUCUGUUAAAAAGAGCGAAUACAUCAUGCCUUAUCUACUUCCAAUUUGAUGAUACCUCAACAGUCUUUUAUUAUGUAAUUUUUUGAAUUUGCAAGGUGAAUAAAUUUGACACUAGACAUUA